UAUUAAUAGAUGGCAGUCAAUGAUGAAAGAUAUGUGUUUAUUGUUGAAUGGUUCGACACAAGUGCUUCUUUAAUAAGAAGUUAUAAUCUCAUUUACUUUAUGUCUGACAAGACAAUUGAGAUGGUAAAGAAAAGAUUAUUAGAUUUAGUUUGAUUUGAAAAAUAAAAGAAUUUUUCUGAAAAGAUGUGAUUAUCCUUCAGUUUAAUUGAAGGAUUUAUAUGUAGGAUCGAUUGUAACAGUUUAUUCAAGAUAAUUGAAAAUAGUUGAUUAUGCAGAUGUAUUUACAAGAUCUAAAUUUGAAGUUUAGAGAGGAAAGUAAGUAACAUAUGUAAUUAUAUAGAACAUUUGGUAUGAUAAAACCAGAUGCAUAUACACAUAUAGGAAAGAUAAUCACAGCAAUUGAAAAGAACGGUUUCGUAAUUGGUAAUUUGAAAAUGACUAGAAUGUAAAUUGCAGAUGCUUAAUAAUUCUAUGGAGAACAUAGAGUAAAAAUUAGAUAAAACUUGAAUAGGGCAAACCCUUUUUUGAAGAAUUAACAUAAUUCAUUUGUAGUGAUUUUAUAGUAGGGUUGGAAUUGAUAGCUGAUAAUAGUGUAAAGAAAUGGAGAGAUCUAAUUGGACCAACAAAAUGUUAAGUAGCUAGAGUAGAAGCUCCAAAUUCAAUGAGAGCAUUAUAUGGUACAGAAGGAGUCAGAAAUGCUUGUCAUGGAAGUGAUGCUGGUAAUUGAUUUUAAUAUAUAAUGGAUAGCUGGAUCAGCAUCUAGAGAAUUAGAUUUCUUUUUCUCUGAUAAAUCUAAUCUAAAAUCAACAGCUGUUUUUAAUAAUUGUACAUGUGCUAUUAUUAAACCACAUAUUGUAUUAGAAGGAAAAGCUGGAUAAAUUAUAGAUAUUAUUUUAAGUGAAGGAUUUGAAAUUUCAGCUAUGCAAAUGUUUUAUUUAGAUAGAGCUACUAGUGAAGAAUUCUUUGAAGUUUAUAAAGUAUAUUAUUUAUUUAUUAUUAUUUUUAGGGUGUACUUCCUGAAUUCUAAGCAAUGUCUGAACAUUUAACAUCUGGUCCUUGUAUUGCUAUGGAAAUUAGAUAAGAAAAUGCUGUAAAAUAAAUCAUUUAUUUUAGGUUAAAUCUUUUAGAGAUCUUUGUGGACCUCAUGAUCCUGAAAUUGCUAGAACUUUGAGAUCUUCAACAAUUAGAGCUAAAUUUGGGAUUGAUAGAGUUAAAAAUGCUAUUCAUUGUACUGAUUUGUUAGAAGAUGGUAUACUAGAAGUAGAAUAUUUCUUUAAUAUUUUACAAUAAAAAUGA